AUGAUGAGCUCUGGCACAGGUUAUGGGACUUGGAAAGAGCAAGUUGGGCAGGGCAGCAAACCCAAGCGCACUAGUCAGUUCACUGAGGAAGUUCGUUUAAUGUGCCACCAAUGCCACAAAAGUGAUAAUGGCCAUGUUGUUUGGUGCCUGAAAUGUAAAAGGAAGCGCUUUUGCAUCCCCUGCUUGACGAAAUGGUAUCCUAAGAUGACAGAGGAUGAUGAUAUGGCAAUUGCUUGUCCAGUUUGUUUUGGAAUAUGCAACUGUAAAUGUUGUUUGUGUCUAGAUGCACCAUUGAAACAGUUAGAUGAAGAACAAAUGAUGGAGAGAGAGAUUGACGCUAGGAUCAGGGAUAUUCUUUUUCUUCAUUUAGUUACUGAAGCUGAAAGACUGGCCCCCUUUGAAAUAUUUGGUGAAAGUUUGCCACGACAUGAUGCUGCAUUUACAUGUUGUUUGCCCUUUAAGGAGUAUACCCAUCCUCACAGUGGACCUUUAAACCUUGCUGUCAGUUUGCCUCAGAAAUUUUUUAAGACAGACAUUGGGCCGAAGACAUAUAUUGCUUAUGGAUUUCCUGAAGAGCUUGGGCGUGGAGAUUCUGUUACCAAGCUUCAUUGUGACAUGUCUGAUGCGGCAUGUUUUGUGUCCUUUUCUAUUCUUGUUCAGAUAAAAGAUGUUACACUAGUGACAGAAAGAGAAUGGAAGAUACCACAAGCUUAG